AUGCGAUUUCGUAUCGGUGAUUAUGUCAAGGUUAAAGGAGAGUCAGGUCGUAUAAGAUACAUAGGGACCACCAAGUUUGCUGCAGGUACGUGGUUUGGAGUUGAAUUGGAAAGACCAGUUGGUAAGAACAAUGGAUCAGUACAAGGUGUGCUAUAUUUCCAAUGUCAAAGUAGUGACGGACUACACGGAGUAUUCGUUAAGGAAGGUCUACUAGAAACCGUUGCUGAUGACGUUUCCGAAAGUGUAAUUGGCUCAAGUUCUGCUAGUGACAGCUUGCAGCAUCUUCAAGAGCAAUUGAAUGCCGUCCUCGCUGCCAACACCGAAUAUAAGGAUGACUUGAACAAGCUACAAAGUGAGUUGAAUGCGAAAUUGCACUCAUAUGAAAUAUUGGAAUCAAAAUUGGAAAUGCAGCUGAUCGACAAUCAAUAUUUGCAAGAAGCAAAGCAUUUGCUUGAGACCAAAGUUGCCGAGAUGACAAAGAAAUAUCAAUCGUUACAGAAGGAUUACGAGCUAGUGUUGGAGGAAUUGGAAGUAAGUAGGGAAUUGGAAAAUGAACUACGUUUUGUUGAUGUUGAUGCGGUAUCUCCGAACGAGAUCAAGUUACUCAUUGAGAGAGGCCGUCUUGAUGAGAAAACGAUUGCCAAAUUGAACGAAAAGAUACAAGUGCGAGAUGAAAAUCUAUCUAAAUUACUGAAAGCGUUGAUGGAUUCUAACAGCAAAGUCAAUGACUUGGGUGCCGACUUAGUUAGCAAAACUGCAACAAUUGCCCAUUUGAAGGAGAAAUUAGAGACGUUUUCAGAUCUUGAAGAAUUGACAGAAAAGUUGUCAGUCGAAAAUGGUGAGCUUAUUGAGAAAAUCAAAGAGUUGGAACGCUCAAUCGUGGAGCUUGGCCAGUUACAUGAAUUGGACACCAAAAUUGAAGCAAAUCUUCAAAAAAAUGAGCAUAAUUUAAGGCUGGAAAUUGAAUCGUUGAAGGAAUCUUUAUUCAAGGAAAGAAAUAGAGUAAAAGAUCUCGAAAGUCGUGUUGGCUCUUUUGGGUCAUCCUCGAAUGCAAAAGAUUCGAUGAAAUACAAUCCCCGUGAACACCUUUAUGCCUUGGAAGUAGCACAGCAAAAACUAUUUCAAUUGGAGCACAAAUAUCGGCAAUGUGCACUUGAACUACAGAUCUCCGAGUCAAAAAGAAAAUUCGAUGUCGAAUGCCAAAAACUUCGUGCAUCUAGUCCAGUGAGCCCAGAGUAUAUCGAUCUUGUUUACGAUAUAAAAUCUCAAUGUGAAGUUUUGAAUCUACUCAAGAAACUUUCAAGCCACGAUGAAAGCUACUUGUUUUAUAAAUUUGCACUAUCCAGAAUUCUCCACUUUCAUCAAACGAUAUUGACGAUUCUUGAGUACAAUUACAACCACAAACUUUCAGAAAAAUUAUUCAAGCAAAGCAGAGUGUAUGUAUGUAAGAUUCAAACCAUCACUGAUGAGGUUAUGAGUUUAUUAAAUGAUGCGUCUGGAAUCGUUCAACCCGAAGUGUGCUACUCAUACUUGAAAGAUGGUCUUGAUUUAUGCGACAGCCACGCUGCGGAAUUAUGGGAAAACGAGGCUCUGUUUCUAUGUCAACACGAUCUGUUCAUCAAGCAUGUUUGGUUCUCGAUAAAUAAGCUUUUGAUUUUUGAGACUGAUAUUGCCUCCCUGCGCAAUGCCCAUGAGGAAAUGUCGAAAUUGAUUGAGUCUGUCAAGUUAUUAAAAUUCAAGUAUGAAAAGGUAUUCGGAUCGCUUGUAUCGCAGUCUUCUUCAACUAAUUUUAUUGCCAAACCGCUGUUGUCGCCUGCAGAUAUGUUGAGAUUGAUAACAAACAAAUCUUUUCAACUUCUCAACGCUGAGAAGGUGACAGUUGAUGAAAUAGGUGAUCUUGAGGGUGCGUUUGAGCGUUUCGCCUCGUCUCAGGUGCAUAUAGAGCUAGACUCAUCUGAGAUGGAUAUUAAGCCAAUCUACGAGCUUGUUCGAGCAAAAACAGUUGUUAAGGAUGUUGAGACCGACAAUGUGGCCAUAGAAGUUGGCAACAAAACCCCAGAGAUGCUUAUGCAGAAGAAUGAGGAAAUCACGAAUUUGAAAUUGAAUAUAGCAUUAUUGGAGAAAAAUAUGAAACUCUUCACUAAGCAAACAUCGGAUCGAAUUCAGCAACUCGAGAAUCAGGUCCGUAGCUUGAAAACUGAAGUGGAGGCAAAAACUACAAAAAUUGCAACUCUCGAGGAAGAAAACAAACUCUUUCGAAAUCAAUCAUUACUUCAAGAAGCUGAUUUUAAUGACAUUGAAUCACAAAGGGCCUACAAUGAAAAGAUCAAGCGAAUGGAAAAAUUGAUCGAACUCAAGCAACGAGCAACUGCUUCACACGACAUUGAUGAUUUGACAUGGUUAGCAUUUCCCAAGAGAUCGAAAGUUUGGAAAAAACCUACUCAAUUACAAACGUUAUCCCGAGAGAUCAGAAAUUUGGCUACGAAUGCGCAAUAUGUACACCUCAAUGGCACAAAUAAACAACACUGGGCUCCACGAAAAACGACAGCAAAGUUCAUCAAUGCAUGUAUGAAUGAACAAUUUAGGCGCUAUCAGUCAAAGAAAGAAGAAGCACAUUAA